CAAAGGAAUUGUGUAGGACUUUAGACAUCAUGAGAUAUUGGCUCCCGGUCACGCCCAAGAAGUCAGCAUCCUGUGGACUAAAGGUGUCCACCAUGCCUAGGGCUCUCAGCAUGGCUUUGAGGUCAUAGCUUCCUUCACUUUGAACUGAGUAUUUCCAGCAUCUUGGCCUACACGUCCUCCAGGAAGGCAAAAUUGAAGGACUUCUUUGCUUCAUUAUCUGCACGGAUUUGCUCGUAUCCUACAACAAAUUAAUGUGACAAAUAAAAGCCUCUGCGUUACUGGCCUCUGCAUCCCACAUUACUAGUUGUGACAGCAAAAAAUGUCUCUCCAGCUCCUGCUGUUGUGUGCUCUGUGACUUCAUCAAGUGAAGGACAUGAAGAAAGGAAGAAAAGAUCGGUCAACAUACAACACUCCCCACAAACAAACAAAAAACUCCAGUGUAACCCUAAAGGAAGCCAACACCUACCUCCUCCAUGUGUAAGGCAGUGGUGUUUCGUCCACCUAAACAGACCAUGAAUAACGCAGAUGAUAUGCUUAGCAGGGAGAAGAAGAUGUUGCCCUCCUUUCACUUUCUCAUCUGUUGGAACAGAUCAAACCCAGGCAGUGCUCAGCAUACACCAUGGGUUCCCUCAGCACAGCGAACGUUGAAUUUUGCCUUGACGUGUUCAAAGAGCUGAACAGUAACAACAUAGGAGAUAACAUUUUCUUUUCCCCUCUGAGUCUGCUUUAUGCCCUGAGUAUGAUCCUCCUUGGUGCCAGAAGAAACAGUGCAGAGCAAAUGGAAAAGGUGCUUCACUUUAAUCAUGUUGUAGAAUCACUAAAACCAGGGUUUAAGGACUCAUCUAAGUGCAGCCAAGCUGGAAGGAUUCAUUCAGAGUUGGGAGCCUUACUGUCUCAAAUCAAGCAGCCAGACUCUAACUAUACCCUCAGCAUUGCCAACAGACUCUACGGGACAAAGUUGAUGGCGUUCCAUCAGCAAUAUUUAACCUGUUCUGAGAAACUGUAUCAAGCCCAGCUAAAAACUGUUGAUUUUGAACACUCUCCGGAAGAAACAAGGAAAACCAUUAAUGCUUGGGUUGAAAGUAAAACCAAUGGAAAAGUCACAAACCUCUUUGGAAAGGGCACAAUUGACCCUUCUUCUGUAAUGGUAUUGGUGAAUGUCAUAUAUUUCAAAGGACAAUGGCAAAAUAAAUUUCAAGAAGGAGAAACGAGUAAAACUCCUUUUCAGCUAGGUGAGGGUAAAAGUGUAACUGUGGACAUGAUGUAUCAAACUGGCAUAUUUAAACUGGCCUUCAUAAAGAAGCCACGGAUACAGGUGCUUGAGCUGCCCUUUGUCAACAACAGACUCAGCAUGAUUAUUCUGCUUCCAGUAGGCAAGGCUAAGCUAGAACAGAUCGAAAAAGAGCUGAACCUGAAGACAUUUCAAGAGUGGACCAGUUCUUCCAAUAUGAUGGAAAAAGAAGUUGAAGUGUAUAUUCCCCGAUUCAAACUUGAAAUCAAGUAUGAGUUAAAUUCUCUGUUGAAAUCACUAGGGAUGACAGAUAUCUUUGACCAGACCAAAGCUGAUCUUUCUAGAAUGUCACCAGCUAAGAACCUGUAUUUAUCAAAGGUCAUCCACAAGUCGUAUGUGGAUGUCAACGAGGAGGGUACUGAGGCUGCAGCGGCCACUGGGAACAUCGUGGUAGUAAAAAAUGUCCCCAUGCGAGCUCAGUUCAUGGCCAAUCGCCCCUUCCUGUUCUUCAUAAAGCACACUCGUACCAACAUGAUUCUCUUUUUCGGCAAGCUCGCCUCUCCAUAAGCAAAUGGGGUUGGGCAAGGCUCAGAGUCACAGAGGAGGUACAGGGGCAAACAUGGCCAAACAACCAGUUCACUCUCAUUUGAACUUCACAUACCUCUGUACCUCAGUUUGCUCUUCUCAAAAAUGGGUCUAGGAUCUCCUCCAACUUAUUCUAUAAAUUGGUGAACUCUAAGAUUAUGGUGGAAACCCUGGUGGUGUAGUGGUUAAGUGCUACGGCUGCUAACCAAAAGGUCAGCAGUUCAAAUCCACCAGGUGCUCCUUGGAAACUCCAUGGGGCAGUUCUACUCUGUCAUAUAGGGUCACUGUGAGUCGGAAUCGACUCGAGGGCAAUGGGUUUUUUUUUUUUUUGGAAGAUUAUGGUAACCAUGGAAAAAAGUACAUUUACUCAAAAGGCUUUUGUGGCUUUCUUAUAUUGGGGCCUCAUUUGAGGACUCUCUCAGUGACAUGAUCAAGGCAAUCAAAAGAAAGUUUAAAAGAUGAGAUAUUCUUGACUCUUAUAUGUCAGUGAGAUCUUGAAUAAGCAAACCAGUCUGCCUUCAGAAAACCAGUCUGAAAGUUUCAACUUUGGAUGGAUUAAAAAAAAAAAAAAUCGUUUUGUUUUUAUGUGUAAAUGUAAUACUUGGAUUUUAGUUCAAAAUUCUGUAUUGACUAUCAUGAACGUAUGAAAUGCCUUAAUCUCUUUGAAGUCUUUUAAUGCACAUAUUAAAGGAGAAUUUGAAUAAAGAUAAGCCUAAUUUA